GAAGGGAGAGAGGGAGAGGGAGAGGGAGUGCUCCUCCUGCAGUUGCUGACUUUCCAGUCUUCCUGAAGCGAACGGCGGUGAGGUGUCAGGAGAGCAUCCUUGAGUCCACAUCUAGUUCCGACAGGGAGUGCAUUCUGUGGACUCUGAAAAUCGAUAUUCUAACAUCCCUUUUAACCCCAUACACUACUGGCAUUCCGUACUCUCUGGAAGGGAAUUGCUUACUCUACAGCUGUCAUCCACACCAGGGAGUCUGCGAGGAGAGCACUCUGCGGUACCGCAGCUCUAGAUUCUAGGUAUCAGGGACUACCUUUGGACACUUUCCAGUCCCUGCACCCUCUACCUGUCUAUCGGCAUAGGACCUGACUGUGGUUUGGAAGCCGAGAGUGCAUGUCGUUGUUUCAGAAGAUCGCCACUCGCUUUUGCGACUCGCAAAGCCCGCAUAGGCAGGGCAUGUGCAAGCACGCACGGGGCGCUUCCCAGCUGGAGCUCUGAUUUGGAAUCGGUAACUGGGAAGGGCACAGGGAAGGUCGGCAAUUGUCCGCAAUAACCACCCCCUCCCUCCCCGGAGGGACUUCGCUCCGAGCUGCAAGGUGGAUACGCUGACAUCGCCGAGGGCUUCACAGGACUCACCUUGGCUGGAGCAGAAAGUCUCCGUGUGUAGUGGAAAUGGAUUUGGGAUCACUGUGCUGGUGCCUUGUAGCCUAUGUGGCCGCAUCGGUUGCCGGAGAGAACGGGAACACUAAAGCACGGAAUUGUGCUGAAGUCAGGCAGCUCUACAGCGCCAAAGGAUUCAGCCUGAGUGGAGUGCCCCAGACUGAAAUAUCGGGUGAGCAUUUGAGGAUAUGUCCACAAGGGUAUACAUGUUGCACAUCGCAGAUGGAAGAAAACCUUGCCAACCUGAGCCGACAGGAGUUUGAAGGUGCAUUUAAGGACUCUGGGCGCUCAGUGACCUCUACCCUAAACACGCAGUAUAAAGUCUUUGAUGGCUAUUUUUUGGAUCUACUGAACAAGUCAGAGCGUUCACUUCAGCAGACGUUUCCAAAUGCUUAUGGAGAAGUAUACACACUUAAAGUCAAGAUCUUCCAGGACUUAUACGCUGAUCUGCGAGGGUACUAUCAUGGCUCGAACAUCAACUUGGAAGAUUCAUUAAAUGAGUUUUGGACUAAGCUUCUAGAAAGAAUCUUCAAGGCAAAAAAUCCCCAGUAUGAGAUAAGCGAUGAGUACAUGGAAUGUGCGAUAAAGAACGUGGAAGAACAGAAACCUUUUGGAGAGAUUCCUCGUGAAGUAAAAGUGAAAGCUACUCGGGCAUUUAUUGCAGCUCGUUCCUUUAUUCAGGGUAUUAAUAUGGCCAGCGAAGUAGUGAAGAAAGUCUCCCAGGUGCCACUAAAUCCAGAAUGCACACGAGCCAUCAUGAAGAUGACAUUUUGUCCUCACUGUCGUGGAAUGCCAAACGUAAAGCCCUGCUUUAACUACUGCCAAAAUGUCGUGAAGGGCUGUCUAGCCAACCAGGCUGACCUCAGCACCGAGUGGCAGAACCUCAUCCAUUCCAUGCUGCAGGUGGUCGAACGUUUCAGCAGUCCCACUAAUGUAGAAGUUGUCAUUGGCUUUAUCCAUGUCAAGAUCUCUGACGCCAUGAACAAUAUGCUAGAGAACAUUGUGCACAUCACAAAUAAGGUGUUUCAGGGCUGUGGAAAUCCCAAGGCUUCUAGUACGAGAAGUCCUGCAGUAGAAGAAAAGAGAAAACGAAAAGUGUUAAAUGAUGACAAAGGAACAGCACCAUCAACUUCUACCCUUGACAAGCUUGUAUCAGAUGUGACGAAAAGGUUACAAGAACUGCAACCUUACUGGAUUCAGCUGUCCACCAACCUCUGCAAUGACAAGAUAACAGCUGGCAUCUCUAACAUAGAUAAAUGCUGGAAUGGCGCGGCUAAAGGAAGAUACUUACCAGAGGUUAUGGGAGAUGGCCUUGCCAGUCAGAUCAAUAACCCAGAAGUUGAUGUUGACAUCACAAAGCCAGACAUGACUAUCCGCCAACAGAUCAUGCAACUGAAAAUCAUGACAAGUCGACUAAAGAAUGCCUAUGAUGGAAAUGAUGUUGAUUUUCAAGACACUAGUGAUGACCUCAGUGGAUCUGGAAGUGGAAUGGGCUGCCCGGAGGGAGUCUGCAAAGGCAGAACUGGAGGCCGCACUGUCACUCACAGCACAAAGAGGCCAGUGACCCCCAAUUUGAAAAAACAAAAUGCAUCUGGAGCGGGCAGCGUGCCCCAGCCACAGUCAGCCUCUUUUCUUCUGCUGGCUGUAAUUUCAAUGCUGCUACUGUGGCGGUAACUGACCACUUCCAGUAACAGCAAUGAGGACUGAUUUUGGAGGGUGGGUGGGUGGGCUGGGGUAGGAUAAGGGUGGGACUUUGUGGCUUGCUGAAGCAUACUUAUCUGAUAAAUGUAAGUUUUUUUUCCUUUUGCUGAAAAAAACAAAACAUAGGCUGCACUUUUUGGCAGACUAGAGCCGGUCUUCUUCACCUUUUUUUCCACAAAUUUUGGUUCUUUGACUCAGAAAUGUGGCAUGUAGACUCAUAUCUGGAAAAUAAAGGUUUGCAGUUUCUAAUUUC